AUGUCCUCCAUGGGUCAUGCCGCGACACUGGACAGCAGAAAACUUAUGUUCGAAAAUAUAAAGUUUACAGAUGACGACUCAGUGCUCGACGAUCGUUCCAGCAACAUUGGUCAAAUUAUAAUAAGGUUUGACUGCGGGACAUUUACCAAGACAAGGUUGGCAAGGAAGGGAGUGUCUGCUAGGUCAGCGACACCUGAAGAGGUUGAAGUGCACGAACACUCGAAGAAGGGCCGCCGCCAUCGAACUGUUCUUGGGAGAACCACACCAGAUCCAGAAGAACAAAUGAGCUACAAACAAGUUUGGGACGACCAUCCUGGCACGGUGUUUACCUUCAAAUUUACUUCUUUAGACAACCUGUGGGCAAAGGGUAUUGUAGCACGACCAAUUGAUAUGCAGCUGAGAGAGUUGAAGUCAUCUUCGUCAGGAGACCAGAAACUCUCACCUGUGAAGUUGAAAGCUUAA